ACAGAGAGAUAUAGCGACUCUCUCUGGGAGGGGAAGCAGAACAAACUGUAAGCUGCUGCUGGAGGAUCCAUCUUUGCUCGAAAAAGAGGCGAGGGGUGAAGGCUUUUAAUUCUCCAGUUUACUACCUAACAUACUGUAUUAAGUGAACCACGCUGGGGAGCCCUCGGAGGGGCUGUUUGCCGCUGUUUGUAGGAUGUCCCGACAUGAGGGUGUGAGCUGUGAUGCGUGUUUAAAAGGGAACUUUAGAGGAAGACGGUUCAAGUGUUUAAUUUGCUACGACUACGACCUGUGCGCAUCGUGCUACGAGAGCGGAGCCACAACAACAAGACACACCACAGAGCACCCCAUGCAGUGUAUAUUAACCAGGGUAGACUAUGACUUGUAUUAUGGAGGAGACACUUUUUCAGUAGAGCAACCCCAGUCAUUCACAUGUCCUUACUGUGGCAAGAUGGGCUACACAGAGACGUCCCUACAGGAGCAUGUCACCUCCGAACAUGCAGAGACUUCCACAGAGGUGAUCUGUCCAAUAUGUGCUGCCUUGCCAGGAGGGGACCCCAACCACGUCACAGAUGACUUUACAGCUCACCUGACACUUGAACACAGAGCGCCAAGAGAUUUAGAUGAGUCCAGCAGUGUUCGACAUGUACGCAGGAUGUUCCACCCUGGAAGAGGACUGGGCGGUCCCAGAGCACGACGGACAAAUAUGCACUUUACUAGCGGCUCCACGGGGGGACUCUCAUCCUCCUCAUCACAGAGCUCCACUUACACCCCCAGUAACCGAGAAGCAAUGGACCCAAUCGCAGAGUUGUUGUCUCAGCUGUCAGGCGUGCGGCGUGCGGCGGGGGGCCAAAUAAACUCAUCAGGGCCUUCAGCCUCGCAGCUCCAGCAGCUCCAGAUGCAACUGCAGCUGGAGCGGCAGCAGGCUCAGGCGGCGCGGCAGCAAGUGGAGACGGGCCGCCACGCGACACGGCGCGGCAACAACCCGGGAAACUCCGGCACCGCCAUCCCUCCACCCAACGCAGCAACUGCCAACACCGCCGCUGUGGGUGAAAACAAUCCCUCAUCCUCGUCCCACAGCUCCCAGUUCCUAUUAGCACGGUUGAAUGAACCUAAGAUGUCCGAAGCGGAGCGGCAGUUUCUAGAAGGAGAGCGCGCCGACCGCAGCCUGUUUGUCCAGGAGCUGCUCCUGUCCACGCUGAUGCACGAAGAGAGCUCUUCCUCCGACGAGGAGGAGCGCCGAGACUUCGCCGACUUCGGAGCCAUGGGCUGCGUGGAUAUCAUGCCUUUAGAUGUGGCGCUGGAGAACCUCCAGCUUAGAGAGCGCAGCUCUACGGGGAAGGAGCCUCCGCCGCCUCCUCUUUGAUGUCCGAGCAUCAAGCAGACUGUGUCCUCUCUGCUGCAACUGUCAGUGAUGGACAGCAAAACAGCAGCAGUCCUCCCUGGCCUCACCCUCCUUUCCUCCCUCCUCCAUUUUCUGAGUUUGUUUUUGGUGAUUGUAAUUUCAGGCCUGUCACCAUUUUUGUUACAUUGUAAACAAAAAUAAAUGAGAGCAAGUGGGAUAAAUGUGCGAGUGCGCAAUAGCAACUGAGUGAGCGAGCGAGAGAAGAGAAAUAUAUAAAUAUAUAUAUAUAAAAUAUAUAUGAAGUUGAUAAUCAAUCCACAUACCGUUUCUUUUUCUUUAUCAGGUAAAUGUUGCAGGCAGCUGUGGCAGACCUUUUGCUUCCUGUGACAUGCAAACGGCUCUCCGUAUAAAUACUCCACAUUCAAAAAGUCAAGAGGGCAUAGGCUCCUCUGAUGAAGCUGCUGUGUGUGUUUAUGACUAUUAAUAAAUAAAAAGUGCUUGGAUGGGUUACCAUAACUACUGCAUGCAGUUAUUUGCAGCGUGCAUGACUUUUAAUGACCCUGUCAUUAAAACUUUUUAAAAAAUAUCCCAAAGCUUUCAACUGUUUUUAAAUGGCUAUUUCAAACAUGGUUAAAAAUUUGAGUAGUUUUCAAAAACUGACAUGCAGAAAUUUAAAUCUUAACAAUCUUAUUUUGUUAGGUUUUCUUUUGAAUGAGUCGAUAUAAUGAAGAGAGUUGGGAUUCUGCAGUAUAGCUUUUGAAGACAUGCUGCGAUGUGUCUCCAGAACGCCUUUUUCUCUGUGACGACUACAUGCAUCAGAUGAAUACUAGGAACAGAAGAAAAGAGUUUCCUAGAUGUUUAUGUUUAGUGAUAAGCUGUUUAGGCACAGUAUACUUUAUAAUUUAUAGAUAAGUACAGACGCCCAACUACAGUAUGUCCAUCGCUCCUCCACACUAGUUUCUGGCGUUCACUCUGCUAAUGUACAGGCCCAGAGUCAGACCACAUGCUUUAGAUGGCUUGUAUGAGUUUCUUUGCUAAAUAACAGGAGCUUGAGACUUUCCCACACUGCAGUUUUGUUUCUUUUUUAAAAGAAGGCAUUCUUUAUUUCUUCUGCUAAGGGUUAGCACUUUCUAUUUAUUCAUGUUUUGUUUUUUUCUGAUUCUUCUGAUUUGAGCCUUGAUAUGAAUCGUGCCACCUUCAUGCCUAUACUUUUACCCCUCUGUGUAAAAAUACAAUGAGAUGUAUAUUGAAUUUGUGCGUUAACUUUCAUAAUGGUUCUAAGACAUGGGCGGACGUUUUUUUUUUAAAAUGUAAAAAAUUUAGAAUACAAUAAAUAUAAACUGCGCACAGCUUUUGAUGAAA